AUGGCAAUUCCCAUCAUCGAUUUAUCUAAUCUUUUAAACAGUAUUCCAACAUUUGAAGAAACAACAGCUAUAAGGAAAGCUUGCCUGGAUUUCGGAUUUUUCUACGUCGUUAAUCACGGCAUAUCACGAGAUCUUCAAGCAAAAGUUUUGGGAAAUUUGUGGAAGUUUUUCAACCUUUCAGCUGAGAAAAAGAAUGAAGUUCAUCGAAAUGACGGUUUUCGCGGAUAUUUUAGGAAAGAGGAGGAGCGAAGCAUAGAAUACAAUUGCACGGAGUGGAAAGAGGGAAUUUAUUAUUUUCGGGAUUUUAACAAUGUACCCAAAGAAAGAAAGGAAAAGGUUUUCUGUGGCUUAAAUCCAUGGCCAAAAGGGGAGUAUGUUCCCGAGUUUCGUGCAGUAAUAAAGGAAUACUUCAGGAAAACACAAGAAUUAGCUUCAAAACUGUUGAGCUGCAUUGCAUUGAGUUUAGGUAAAUAACUCUAAUAAUGGUAACAAUCAUUGUCAUCAUCAUCCUAAUCAUAACUAUAACUAUAACAAAAUUCUCAAAUCUGAUUGGCUAUCAAGUGUCCUGAUUUCAGCACUAAUAGGACAGUGUAGUCGGACAGUACGCAUGAUGCCUAAAUAAUUGGACAGUAUGUGUCAUCGGGCACGAACUUGAAUGGCUUCUUUUUUUUUUUCAUUGCAAGCAAAAAUUCUCGGAAUUUUUCGUAAUUUAAUUUUUAAAAAAGCCUAAAAUAUCACAAAUUUUGUUAUAGUUAUGAUUAAUUAGUAACUGAAGUUCAUGUCUUCCAAUUCGUAUGUGUAAUCAAAUGGUGACGAGUGAAAUUAGGGAAUAAUUUCACGCGCAUUUUGUCCAAAUCCUUAUAAUUUCCCGAGCCUUUAGGCGAGGGAAAUUAUUAGGGUGAUGGGUGAUGAAUUACAUUAGCAAUCUUGGAUUUUUGACAUGUUUAUCCUGGAUCGUAUCGAUCGAGAACUCCACUCUCUCAAAUGUUUAGACCUUAAAUUUGGCUUAAGUUCAGAGUUUUUCGACAAAAUACCUGUCAGAAUCCUUCUUGAUGUGCUCUUUCGUGUGUUCAGGUUUUUUAAAACGUCUUUUUGUGCCCUGACAUCUUCAUUCAUGACAUUUUAAAACUUCAUCGCCAUCUUGACAAUGAGACUUAUGGAAGGUUGCCAUGGCAAUUUUGUAAUUUCACAUGUGAAAUUACAAAUUUACGCUGAAAUUUCGCGCCAAAAUUAAGAAGUAAUUCGUCACCUAUGAUAUUAUAAUGGUAAUAACCACGAAUGUCUCUUUGUAACUGCUAAAAACAGGAUAACAUUCACUCCAUGAUCAAGAGACUUAAACGAAGACCAGGUUGUUGAGUCAAUGAGAGUGAUUACCCUCCUCCCCCCCCCAACAUACCCUGCCCUGCAUUAAAACCAUGUUUCCACUGACACCAUUGAACAGUUCAUAAUCUGCCCUUAGCUGUAUGCCGAGGUUUGCCCAGUCCCUGCACAGCGUUUACCCAGUCCCUCUCGGUCAAUUCGUUUUGGUGACGUAUCCAAGGUGAAUGAGUGGACCACGUGUCCUGAAACGCUUUGGCUGCGUGGAAUAAUGAGGCCUAGGGACUAGGCAAUGCCGAGAUAGGAGUUACUUUAUAUGGUCUUCUAUGAACACUAGGAAACUAACAGGCAUGAUACAUUUAUAGCAACACAGUUCAGUAUUUUCUUGCAGGCUAUCGUUUUAUUAUUUGUUAUUGUCAUUUCUCUUGAUUAUUUAUGGAUAUUGUUAGGAUAAAAUUAAUGUUGAUUACUCUCGGGACUUAAAAGGUUAAUUCAACUGACUGAAAAUGAAGUUCACUUUUCCUUCUCAAGUGGCCUAUUCAGUCUCUCACCACAACUCACUAGCAUUAAAUAUACUGCUCCCAGUCUAGCAGCCUCAGUAAGUCCGAAAUUUUUCUAGUCACAUUUAUUGAAAAUCAGGCCUGUAUUUAACAGAAACUAUAUUUCAAAUGCAGACACUUGCGGGCCCUUUGAUUUGAGUAUGCCCUUAUUAACCCUCGGACCUUCAAGGGGGGGUGGGGGGGUAGCAUAAGGUUUUUCUGAGUUUUUUUCCUAGAGGAUAAAACAUCAGCUCCUAACGUUUUCAGUAGCUCCUUGUUCAUCCCUUGUGCAAAUUUUGAGACGAGUUUAGUGAUGGUCAGUUGCUAUGGUUAUGAGAUAUGAUGCCAUAAGUAGCAGGUGGUCGAGCCAAUUUUGGGUGAAAUUACAUGUUUUUUCAACUUCUUUCAACAAUAAAAGUAAAUCUUGUGGUUAAAAUCAUGUAAAGUGUUUAUGUAUGUGUUAUUUUUCAUGUAAAGCACAAAAAAAUUACCAUUUCUCACGGUUUUAACCUGAUUUCCAAUUCUUGGUAAAAUCCAACAUGGCGACCAAGAUGGCAACCAUUGUUGGUUAUGUCAGAGGCCUCCCUCAGUGCCACCAUCCAUAAAAUAUACCUCAUCAUGUUAAGAGGAUCAAAGGCUUUCCACUAAAGGUAAAAUCGUUUCAAAAUACCCUAACAUAUCGAAAACUCCGGGGAGGGGUUCCAUCUACCACAUGAAUCUGCUCGUAUGUCCGAGGGUUAAAGGUUUCAAUGGAGUGUAGACACAAGAAAGCACAUUCUUUUGUAUUCAAAAUUUUGAACACUGACCUUUAUCAUCCCAUUUAAUUUUAGGUCUUGAAAGAGAUUUCUUUACAAAAGAAUUCACUGAUGACCCCUUUGCUCAACUGGCAAUGUUCCACUACCCACCCCACCCUGCUUCAAAAGAUGGCCAUGAGAUAUGGGGAGUAGGAAGACACACUGACUAUGGCACUUUAACCGUCCUUCUCCAGGAUGACGUAGGUGGACUCCAGGUAGAGACCAAAGAUGGAGUGUGGAUUGAAGUACCCCCAGUUCCUGGCUCAUUUGUGGUCAAUUUGGGUGACAUGAUGGAAAUCUGGACUAGUGGUGCACUCAGGGCAGGGCCACAUAGAGCUAAAGUUUCACCAACUGAGCACCGGCUUUCAGUUGCCAUGUUUUAUGACCCAGGCUUUGACUGUGUGAUUUCACCAAUUCCUUUGGACAAGACUCUAAUUCCAGUGGAGAAGACCGUGGCAAAGUUGCCAUUGGACUUCCCAAUACGAUAUGGUGACUAUGUUUUGAGAAAGUAUUGUGGUAUAUUGCCAGAGGAUGAGUCUUGA